CGCACUUCUGGCUCUGCAGCAUUUGCCCCACUGCUUGCCUUACGGCCAUACGAGGAAGCAGACAUCAUGGUGCAUUCGCCACUUCUCGUGGCGUUGCUUGCGCUGGGCUCCCUGUUCAUGGGAACUGCCCUGGGUUUCGUACCCGUCUCGCCUCCCCGCUGCAGCUCCUGGAAGCCCACGCCACCAGCGUCUGCUGCAACAGGUGAUGCUCCGACCACAGGAGCUCCCAUCGCGAUGGGAAUGUUGGCUGGUCUCCUUGUGGCGUUUAUGGUGCCGCGGGCUGCAUUGGCUGGAACUGGAGGAGCACGCCCAGACUUUCAGGUUGUACGGCCAGGGUACAUGCAGGGGAUUGAUGCUGCGAAUGCCGCCUCGAAGCCAGGAGAGAUAGACUACGUCACCAGAUCUCGCUUGGAAGCCGCACAGUUCCCCAAGGCCAUCAAAGAGCUGGAGCUGGAACGGACGACGUUGGCAAAGGCUCCCACAAAGCAGCAGCGCUUGGAAAAGGUCCAGCAGCAGCUUGAAGAAUACAACAAGAGCUUGGACUACAGCAAGGCAUCCGUCGUUGAGUAG